CUAAGCAGAAGUGUAAAUAUCUGCCACACUAAUAGACUUCUACACAUCAGUAGCUAUUUCAUUCGUGUGUGAUAUGUUAGCAUGUACAUAAUACUGUAAAUUUUAUUUACAUGUUUAGAAAAGAGGAAUUUUAUUAUUGACAUAUAAACUAAAUUCUCGUCUAAGGAUAAAGUCUGACAUGAACAUAAAUUAAGGUUAAUUCAUUCAAUUUUUGUGUAGAAAUGAGAAGCACAUCGCAAUUAGCGUUCUUAAAAUUUAGUUUUAUAAUAGCUAUCAGCUUGGGAGCUAGAAUCUCAUUUGUUGCCAACUCUGAGGACGUGAAAGAGCUGAUCAGACCUCUAGAACUGACUUGUUCAUUCCAGGAACUUAACGGGACCAUUCCUAACUUGAUUUACAUUUUAAAAGAUGGGAGUACUGUUAUUGCCAAAAUUUCACAAGAAAUCAAAAAAGGCAAAAAUCUCAACUCCACGAGUAACGUUGUGAUAGAAAGCAACAUCUUUCCACCAAAAACUCCUUUUCUAAAAAUAACCUGGAAGAGACCCACGGGAGAUAACUCGGGCCAAUACGUCUGCUUCAUCCACGCACGGAACGCAAUGGGCAUCGACUCUUUAUACCAGUCUCCGCUAAACGUGACAGUCAAGAAUGCCACGUUCCAAGACUUGCUAGAGUUCUCUUUAAAACAAGCAGCCUUGCUCGAGGAGAAAGGUUCUCUUAUCGCUAGUCUUGACUCCAGACUGAAGCGGCAGAAUCGCCAGAUGGUCAAGUUAGGAAACGAGAUGACCGCCGCUAAAGCUGAAAUAAACAAACUUCGACCUAAUGUGCAAGAAGGGGCCGUCCAGUGUCCUAAUUCCAACACUUUUAAGCACACUCCGAGUCCUGAUGACGAAAAACAUUGUUUACCGACUCGCCAAAGCUCACACUACGUCCGUUUCAGUAAGCCUUAUGAGCGUACACCAUCCAUCAAGCUUUCUCUUGUCUCCAUGGGGCUCAGUAAAGACUUCCACACGAGGUUUUACUAUUUCAAAAGAAACGUCAGCACUGAAGGGUUUGAGAUUGUAUGCCACACUUGGUGUGACACUUACAUUGAUUUCAUGACCGUUAGUUGGAUAGCGAUAAACAAUUAGAAUCUUUUGACUAGUUUUCAUUCAAUAAGUAACAAUUCAUCAAUAAGUAACAAUUCAUCAAUAAGUAACAAUUCAUCAAUAAGUAACAAUUCAUCAAUAAGUAACAAUUCAUCAAUAAGUAACAAUUCAUCAAUAAACAACAAUUCAUCAAUAAGUAACAAUUCAUC